AUGGGUUCUUCGGUAGUUUCUCGACUUGUUGGUAUGAAGUACCCCGUUGGUGUUAUGUCUCAAAAGGAUGAUGUUGAAGAUGAAGUCAAGAAGGCUACAAAGCGAAGAAAAAUGGAAAUUUUAGAACUCAAGGAUCAAGAUGGUGCAAUAGAUGCUGCUAAGUUGGAAGAGUUGUCUGUUUGUAUGGUCACAAAAAGAGUCGUUGAAAUCAUCCAAUCGUUCAAAAUUGCCUGCGUAAACAACAACACCUCAGCCUUUCACAUGUGUGGUUACGUAAAAAAGCCAAUUGGAAAAGAAAAAGAGGGUACUUAUGAUGUCAGAAUUUUUUACUGUAGGGAGUAUGCCUUCAGAAUACGAGAGUUUUUGGGCGAACAGGUUUGCGUAGUUCCCGUUGCCUUUCCUGGAAGAAGAAGCAACUUAAACAUUGAUAAAAACGAAGGCACUUCAAAAUGA